AUGCCUUCCGACAUUCGUGCUUUCUUUGGGCCAAAGGGUGGUAGUGCCCCAAAGCCUGCUCCUAGAAAAGCCGAGGAGCUGGCCAAGACCAAGCGUGCAACAAAGGGAAGAAAAGUUGUUGAAGACAGCGAAGAUGAAGAUGAUGAGGCGGUAGAGGUCAAGAAAACAGCAGCCAAGCCUGCCCCUAAGAGAAAAAUAAAGGACGAGGAGCCUAAGGGCGUGUCCAUAUCCGCCGACGACUACUUUGCCUCGAGCAAGGCCGAGAAAUCUACAACUUCGGCAACACCUAAAAAGCCUGCAGCCAAACCAGAAGCUCCGGCUCGAUCAAGUCCCCGAAAGAAGGCUCCAGCUUCGAAACCCCCAGCACCAGCGAAGAACGGCAAAGCUACUGCUACACGAAAAGCUACGACCUCUCACUCGCACAAUGCGACUGACCAAGAUUCUGAUGCAUACAUGGACGAUGGAGAUGAAGACGACGGCGAUAUUUUUGCCGCAGAUGCCAAAGGCCGAAGUAAACGCAAGAACGACGACUACGAAGAGGAUGAGUCAGACGAAGAGGUCCUCCCUCAACCCAAGCGCUUAGCUACCAGAGGCCGCCAGGCUGCUGUCAAGAAAGAAGAUUCCGACGACGACGUGAAGCCCGCCCCUGCAAGCAAGAAAAGAAAAUCUCCCGCUGAAGAUUCGGAGGAGUCAGAAGAUGAGGCCCCACGGAAGAAGACGGCCACUGCAAAACCCAAAGCUCCAGCCAAACCUCGAGCUCCACGGGCGAAGAAGGCCGAUGAGCCGGAAGACGACGAGAUCAAGAAUAUCCUUGAAAGCGUUGCUACUGUUCGAGCUCCUACGCCACCGCCAAAGGAUUCUGAUAACAAGUUUGACUGGCGAAAGAAAGCCUUCGGGGGCGGCAAUGCAUCUGCUCAGCCAGCAUCUGGCUCAGUCGAGCUUCCGGAGGGCGAAGAAGAGUGUCUUUCCGGCCUCAGCUUUGUUUUCACGGGCGUCUUACAAACUAUCAGCCGUGAUGACGGGCAAGCUCUUGUCAAGAGAUACGGUGGUAAAGUUGUUGGCCAGCCAAGCAGCAAGACCAGCUUCGUGGUCCUUGGAGAUGACGCUGGUCCAAGCAAGCUGGCAAAAAUUCAGUCUUUAAGCAUCAAGACAAUUGAUGAGAACGGACUUUUCGACUUGAUUCGCAAGCUUCCUGCAUUUGGAGGAGGCGGCAAAGGGGCUCAGAAGGCCCAAGAGAAGAAAAAGGCCGACGAAGACAAAGUGAGGAAGCAAGCUGCCGAAAUGGAGGCUGAAGAGAAAGCCCGCAAGGUCGAGGCUGAAAAGGCUGCCAAGAAGGCUGCCGCUGCUGGAGGAGCGCCCGUAAAGGCAGUAGCAGCACCCCCUGUGCAGUUGCUGACGUCCAAAUAUGCACCAACUCAGCUUAGCCAUAUCUGUGGCAACAAAGCCCAGGUCGAAAAGAUUCAAUCUUGGCUUAGAAAUUGGCCUAAGAACAAGAAAUACAACUUCCAGCGACGAGGCGCAGAUGGAAUGGGUGGUGAGCGCGCUAUCAUCGUCUCCGGCCCACCUGGUAUUGGCAAGACAACGGCUGCCCAUCUAGCAGCGACUCUGGAAGGAUACGACGUCUUGGAGAGUAAUGCCAGUGAUUCUCGAAGCAAGAAGCUUGUCGAGAAUGGAGUGAGUGAUGUCAUGAACAAUACUUCACUUCUCGGAUAUUUUGCUGGCGACGGCAAGAAUGUCGACGCCACCAAGAAGAAGAUUGUUCUCAUCAUGGAUGAGGUUGACGGUAUGUCUGCGGGUGAUCGUGGUGGUGUCGGUGCUCUAGCGAAAUUCUGCAAGAAGACAGAGAUUCCUCUGAUCCUCAUCUGCAACGAAAGAAAGCUGCCCAAGAUGAAGCCCUUCGACCAUGCUGCGUUCGACAUUCGAUUCAAUCGUCCCACUGUGGACCAGGUCCGAUCCCGUAUCAUGACCAUCUGCCAUAGAGAAGGCCUUAAACUACCACCUACCGUGGUGGACGCUCUUAUCGAGGGAAGCAACAAAGACAUUCGACAAAUCAUCAACAUGAUUUCCACAGCAAAGCUGGACCAGACAAGCAUGGACUUCGACCAGAGCAAGGCCAUGUCGAAGGCCUGGGAGAAACAUGUUAUCCUCAAGCCUUGGGAUAUCUGCCAGAAGAUGCUGGCUGGGGGUCUUUUCGCUCCUGCGAGCAAGGCGACGCUGAAUGACAAGAUUGAGCUGUACUUCAACGACCACGAAUUCAGUUAUCUCAUGAUUCAAGAAAACUAUCUUCGAACAAAGCCCAUGGCUCUCACUGGCAAAGGAUACAGCCAGCGUGAGCACAAUCUCAAGGCCCUUGAACUGUUCGACAAUGCGGCAGAGAGUAUCAGUGAUGGCGAUUUGGUCGAUCGCAUGAUUCAUGGACCUCAGCAGCAAUGGAGCCUUAUGCCCACGCAUGCUGUGUUCAGUACGGUUCGCCCAGCUAGCUUCAUUGCGGGACAACUGUUGGGCUCAAACUUUACAUCCUGGCUCGGCAAUAACAGCAAGUUCGGCAGACUUGGUAGAUCGCUUCGAGAAAUUCAUUCUCACAUGCGUCUCAGAUCUUCUGGUGAUCAUAACGAGAUUCGCCAGCAGUAUCUCCCUGCUCUCUGGACACAGCUUGUUGGACGACUCCAAGACCAGAACAACGACGCCGUAGGACCCGUCAUUGAUCUAAUGGAUAGCUACUUCUUGACUCGAGAAGAUUUUGACACUGUUCAAGAACUCGGCGUUGGACAAAUGGACGGCGACAAAGUCAAGAUUGAAACAAAGACCAAGGCCGCCUUCACCAGAACAUACAAUGCCAUGAGCCAUCCUGUUCCUUUCAUGAAGGCUAGCAAUGUUACCGCUCCCAAGGCUCAACCGAAGGAGGUUCCUGAUCUGGAGGAGGCCGUCGAAGACGAUGAUGCUGAAGUUGUUGAGGCACCUGAAGCCGAUGAGGAUGAUGAUGAGAUCGAUUUCAAGAAGGACAAGUACAUCAAGAAGCCAAAAGCAAAGAAGGCUACCAAGAAGACAACCAAGGCCGCUGCCGCAGCCGACGAUGACGACGAGGAGGAGAAGCCCAAACGAGGACGGGCCAAAGCUAAGGCCACGACCACCAAGGCAAAGGCGAAGAAAUAG